ACGAUCUUUGGUACUUUAAACUCUCAGUUUCACGGACCCCACAGACCAAAUACUGACGAAACCACGAGUCUUGUGUACCGAAACCAGUAGGGACAAAUCUGCCACUUCACUGAACGCGAAAUUAACGAAGAUAGGAUUCAUUUAGGGGAAGGGUUUAUUGUUGAGUAUAAUCAGCAUGGCUACUACUUCAUCUUCAGAUCUUGGAUCAGGAUUGAAAGCUGAAGGAGGAGAAGCUACAGAAACAGUUCCAACAACAGCAACUAUAGCGAUGGCAAAUAAUAAUUAUCAGAAACUUCUUCUUUACAGAGGAUUAAAGAGAUCAAGAAAAGAUAGAGGGUGUACAGCUAAAGAAAGAAUUAGUAAAAUGCCACCUUGUGCAGCUGGAAAAAGGAGCUCCAUUUAUAGAGGUGUUACUAGGCAUAGAUGGACUGGGCGUUAUGAAGCUCACCUUUGGGAUAAAAGUACAUGGAAUCAAAAUCAAAAUAAGAAGGGAAAGCAAGUUUACUUGGGUGCAUAUGAUGAUGAGGAGGCUGCAGCUAGAGCGUAUGAUCUUGCUGCUCUAAAAUACUGGGGUCCUGGCACACUCAUUAAUUUUCCAGUUAGUGAUUAUUCAAGAGAUCUGGAUGAGAUGCAAAACAUUUCAAGAGAGGAAUAUCUUGCAUCUCUAAGAAGAAAGAGCAGUGGUUUCUCAAGAGGGAUGGCUAAAUACCGUGGGCUUUCUAGACCAUGUCAAAGUAGUCGGUGGGAAUCUUCCCUUAGUCAAAUAGGAGGUCUGGAGCAAUUUAGUGGAAGCUUACACUAUGGUGAGGGUGAGAAUGCAGAAAGUGAAUAUCCAGGGAGGUUUUGCAUAGAAAGAAAAGUUGACCUGACGGGUUACAUCAAGUGGUGGGGGCCGAACAAAACCUGCCGUCUAAGUAAAUCUUUCGAUGAAACAAAGCAUGGCAGUUUGGAAGAUAUUGGUGGUGGUGAGUGGGGUCUCCAGCCUACAGAGCCAUACCAGAUGCCUCGUUUAGGGCUUUCUCAUGGCCCUGCAGGAAAGAAGAAGCAUCAAGAAGUUUCUUCAGCUUUGAAUAUUUUAUCGCAGUCUGCUGCCUACAAGAGUUUGCAAGAGAAAGCCUCAAAACAAGAUAAUGAUGAAAAUACGAACAACGAGAACACAAAUACAGAGAUGCCAUUUCGUGAUCCUGUCCCUUUGGAAUCAACUAGUGGAGAUGGUGUUAGUGGUGGUGGGAAUGAGAGACACCUGAUGAGAGGAGCAACAACACUAGGCAUGAGCUGGUUGCCAUUCCAAAGGACUACUCUGUCUCCGUUGAGAACUCCUUUCCUAUCAGCACCACUCAUGACUAACUACAGCACGAUUGAUCCCUUGGCGGAUCCUAUUCUUUGGUCAUCACUUGUUUCUCAUCCGACACCUGGACUUUCUCAUACCUCAGCAGAAGAGGUUACCAAAACCGAGACCAGCUCAAGUUACAACUGUUUUAACCAGGAAGAACAUUAGUCUUCUCAAGUUGCAGAACAAAAAGUCAAUACUCUCCUUUCUGAAAGAUGUAUAAGAAAAACGAUCCAGCUUGGAUUUAGAGUGAAUUAUCUCAAAACAAAGAAAAAGAAGAUCUAUUACUCUCCAUGUGAUGUUGUUGAGCAUCCUGUAAAUAUUCAUAUAUCCAAAGUACUUUAUAUAUGCUGUUGGGCUUACAAACUGGGGAGUCCUUUAUAUUAUUAAGCUCUAUUACGUUCAA